UUGAUAUUUCAGUCGAAAAAUAUAAAUACAAACAUUUCUUACUUCUCUUUUUGAAGCUCCAAUUCUUCUCCAUAAAGCAGACGAAAACAAAUCUCAUUCUUUCUCUUCAUUAUCGAAUUCUUUUCUUUUUAUUUAUUCUUCUGCUGUAUUGGGGUUUCUUUGAAUUACGAUGUCAAUGGCGAGGCCUAAUCAAGAGGCAAUUGAGACAUUUAUGAGCAUCACUGGCUUAUCUGAACCCAUCGCAGUGCAAAAGCUUGAGGAACAUGGAGGCAAUCUUAAUGAAGCUGUCAAUGCACAUUUUAGUGAAGGUGACCGAAAUUUGUCAACCAGCACCCUCAAUACCUCUGCUGCACUUCCACAAGAUGAUUUUAUGGAUAUAGAUAACGAACUUAAUGCUGAAAUGCGCAGACCUCUGUCUCUUUUGUCUUCGGCAAGAACUAAUCCCUUUUCUCUUCUUGAUCCAACUAUUGGGAGAAGUAUAUUUGAUAAUCAUCUUGAUCCAACAAACCGAUCACCAUUUGUUACACAUCCAAGAGAAGUAAGACAAAUUCCUAUAGAGGUUAAGGAUAGUAAUCAAUCCAACCCUCCAGGGGACCAUGUUCCGACCAUUGAAGAUGUCACUGGAACUUCUCAGGCCCAUGGUCCAGAUAUUCAUGGAACAGUCAUCAUUCAUGAUGAUGAUGAUGAUAUUCCACCUGCCCAAACUGCUGCUCGGGAUGAGCAGAUGCAUACACUUGACAGAAAUGCGAGACCCAGUGCUCCUGAGUUUGAGAAUUUGCCAGAUUAUGGCAAUGACAUAGAAGAAGAAAUGAUCCGUGCAGCAAUUGAGGCUUCAAAAAGGGAGGCUGAGGAGAAGUACUCAAAUCAAAACCUUAACACACAAAGCGAUUUCAGCGAACCUGGGGCCCAGAGAACUGUAUCUCAUCUGGAUGAUCCUGAGCUUGCCCAUGCAGUCUCAUUGUCCCUGAAGACUGCUGAGCAAGAGAAACAAUUGCGCAUGCAAGGAGGAGAAGCUGAAGCAUCAACAGUUGGUUCAUCCAAACCAUCUAAAGUGGAGCUAGGGGAAGCCUCAUCAAAUGGAAGGGGCAAUCAUGGUCAUUCUAGGUUGCAGUCAGGAAGUUCUUCCUUCCAAGAUGAAGAUGAAGACUUAGAAGAGCAACCUCUGGUUUGGAACAGGCCUAGACGUACAUCCUCAAGCCCUAAAGAGUCACCACAAGAAGUUGAAGCUGUUGAGGCUAGUCCUCUGCCCAGCACAGGACAGCAGGAUAACAGCAAUCCUGCUCAACAUAAUGAAAAUUCCUUCCAAUUAGAUGAGUGGGGUGGUAUUUCUUCGGUGGAGCACGAUGAAGCAGUUAUGCUUGAGGCUGCAAUGUUUGGUGGGAUCCCAGAAGGAACCGGUUAUCGCUAUGCCUAUGCACCUCAUGAGUUCAUGCAGAGUAGGGGUUCAUAUCCUCGGCCAACCCCACGCCCACCGUCACCAUCACUGACAGCUCAGCGCUUGAUAAGGGAACAGCAGGAUGAUGAAUAUCUUGCAUCAUUACAAGCAGACAGAGAAAAGGAAUUGAAAGCCAUAGAAGAAGCUGAGGCUGCUCGUGAAGAGGAAAGGCGGAGAGAGGAAGAAUCUCGCAGGAAGUUACAGGAAGAGCAGGAAUUGGAAACACAGCUAGUAGCAAAAGAAGCCUCUCUACCACCAGAACCAUCCUCAGAUGAUGAAAAUGCUGUCACCUUGCUGGUAAGGAUGCCAGAUGGAAGCCGCCGUGGACGUCGAUUCCUUAGAUCUAAUAAACUACAGUCUCUCUUCGACUUCAUAGAUAUUGCUAGAGUGGUGAAACCAGGCACUUACAGACUGGUGAGACCGUAUCCUAGGCGUGCUUUUAGUUACGAAGAAAGCGCAUCGAUACUUGAAGAGCUUGGACUAACCAACAAGCAAGAAGCCUUGUUUUUGGAGUUAGUCUAGUGCCCUGAUGGCGCAGAUUUGAAAAACAUUGAAGUUUUUAGUUUACGAAUCAAUCCAUUUAUACGGUGAUAUGGAAUUUCAAUCUGGUUUGUGCUGUUUGGAUAAGUUUAUUCAUCAUAUAAUUUCUAGAAGAUCAGAAUUAGAUGUACAAAGCGAUCAGGUUUUGGCAUGUUAUGAAUCUUCGUGGUAGCAGUUUCAUGAACAAUUGAUUACAUGGCGCCUAUUAUUUUUUC